ACAGACCCUAAAUGUUUUAAUUUUAAUGGGCCAAAGUGUUUGAUCCGGUCCACUUAGAAAACCACAUGCCCACAAUCCGGAAUAACCUAGCCCUGCUUUAGCUUGUAUUUAUAUCAAGUCAUCCGAUUUUCAAUCUCUCUCCACCGCAGCAGGGAGGUUAUCUCGCUUCUUCGAACACAACGACCGGCAGCUGCAUCUAUCCACGGAGGUAAGAAGAAAUGGUUAAGCAUAACAAUGUUGUGCCAAACGGGCACUUCAGGAAGCAUUGGCAAAACUAUGUCAAAACCUGGUUUAACCAACCUGCCAGAAAAACCAGGAGGCGCAAUGCUAGACAAAAAAAAGCUGUUAAGAGUUUCCCCAGACCCACUGCUGGUCCACUCCGUCCAAUCGUCCAUGGGCAAACACUGAAGUACAACAUGAAAGUCAGAGCAGGAAGAGGGUUCUCACUUGAAGAGCUGAAAGCUGCUGGUAUUCCGAAGAAGUUGGCCCCAACUAUUGGUAUUGCAGUGGAUCAUAGGCGAAGGAACAGAUCUCUUGAAGGCCUUCAGACCAAUGCCCAGAGGCUCAAGACCUACAAAGCCAAGCUGGUGAUCUUUCCCAGGCGUUCUAACAAAUUUAAGGCUGGUGAUUCAACUCCCGAGGAACUUGCAAAAGCAACACAAGUCCAGGGUUCUAUUUUGCCUAUUGUCCGGGAGAAGCCUACUGUUGAAUUCGUUAAGGUUACUGAAGAGAUGAAAUCGUUCAGAGCUUAUGACAAAUUACGUCGUGAGCGCGUGAAUAAGCGACACCAUGGUGCUCGUCUGAAGAGGGCAGCAGAGGCAGAAAAAGAAGAAAAGAAGUAAUCAGUCCAGCUGCUUACUUAUUUAACGUUGUUUGUUUUGGAUUUCACCCACAUCAACAGUUUUGAUAUUUUUACCCGUCAUUGAGGUUGUGGAUCCCCCAAACUAAUCACAAUUUGUUAUUUUCAGACAUUUUCAGUUGCUUUAGAAGUGGACUGCGCUAUGUUUUGUUUUCGGUGCAUCAUUAUUGCAUUAAGCUUUCAUCAAACUGA